UUAUAAAUCUACAGAUAAAAAAAAUGUAUUUAAUAUUUAAAAUAUUUAAAUUUACAAUAUAGUUUCUUCAAGCUUCACUUACUUAUAAUAAACUAUGAGUACAGAUAUCUGUAUACACCCGUGAUUACACCAAAUAAUGCCAAAAAAAAAACAGAAAUCUUAUUCUGCAAGAUCUGAUAACAACAAAAAGAGUUUAGAAGAUUGUUUAGAAGUCAUUGCCAAUUCUGAAUUUUGGACAGCAUUUUUAAAUACUUUAAAAGAGUUGUUAAAAAAUCUCAACUUAUCCUCGAUACUAUGUUAUGGUUUGGGAAAUUUUAUGGAUAGCAUUCAGUCCCGAUAUCAACUAAGUUUACUUUUAUUAAUUAAAAAAGAAUUCAAUGUGAAAAAUUGUUUAAUUUAUGAUCCUAAAUUUACAAAUGAUGAACAAGUUUACCUUUCUGAAAAUGGUUGUAAAUUAAUUGAACAUAAUGAGGAAGGUAAAAGACAGUUAUUACCAGGAACAUUUAUUUAUAUGCCACAUUGUCCUAAACAACUUUUAAAUAAUUUACUAUGGAGAAAUUGGGACAAACAUUUAUUAAUGAAAUCUAUGAUUUUAUGUAAUAGUAUAGAUCAAACCGUGACAUCAAAUCCCAAUAGAAUUUUAGACAAGUAUGCACAUUACUUAAUGAAAAUUGCUCCUUAUACUAAAGAAGUGCUUAUAAAUGAAAAUUUCAUAUACAAUGAUAUUUUUAAUGACAUGUCUCUUCAUUAUUUUCCCAGUGAAAGAUUAGAAGAAUUAAACAAUACAUUUUGGGAGACGGACAUAGAACCAAUAUAUAACAAUGAAGAAAUUGAAUUUAUAACAAAGUUUGAAUGUUUAUCUUUUCAAAAACAACAAGUAUAAAUAUUUAUACAUAAAUGUUUCACAAAUUGAAAUGAUUAUUAAAUAAUUUAUAAUAAAUAAA